UUCCCCCAAACAAGGCCAAUAAUAAUACCCAGUGCGCUUUGCAGUUCAUUUUGGUAUUUUAAUUUUCACAUUACAUUUACAUUUUGGUUAUUUAGCAGGCACUCUUCUGCAGAGUAACUUGCUCAACUAAAUUAGAUAAACAACAUAUCACAGUCAGCAAGUAAAACGUGCCUGUAACCAUUACUGCUAAUAUUUUGGCUGUUCAGGCUGGCUACUUGCCGCAUAUUUUUUUGUAUUUAAAAAUACAUGUAUUUUAAUAAAAAGAAAAUACAAAUGUUAAGUAUUUUCAAAAAGUACUUUGUAGUUUAGUUUGAUACAUUGAUCUUUAUGGUGUUUCGUAUUUGUAUUUUUUAAAUGUUUCCCAUCCCUGGUCAUAGCUACUACAAACAUCAACGCUCCAGAAAUGAGUAGGGAACAUAGCGACUGGGCUUCUUUGAGUGGCAAGGCUGAAACAACAGACUGCAGACGAAUGGUUUUCCAACAGCAAGGCUCAGUGCAACAUGGCAGUGUUGCCACUGUUUAUAACGUUUGUUAUUUUUUUGCCCCUUGUCAAAACCAGUAUGUAGUUUAUUUUACGCAUACUACGUUAGGUUAACGUGGGUCAAACAAAAAACACUUGAAUGAUUGGUAGACAAAUAGUGCCCCCCACAAUGCAGGUGAUGGCUGCAAGUUGCCGCUGGUGAGGAGCUACUGCAGACAUUUUAAAUCGACUACAGUCGAAACUUCAUGAACUUUGAUCAAUUGGUUGUUCUAAAGUUCAUGCAGUUGACAUGUAGGCGCAAGCAGGACAAUUUUUAUUCCCAUAAUGCAAUACAUGUUGAAAGGCUGUGGUCAACGACUUGACAAAUGUCAUCUACCUCCAACGAGCCCAAUGAUACCCAAAAGCCUUAUUAGCAUAGGCUCAAGGUCCUAAACGAUAUCUUAACCGCCAUCGAUAAGAAACAUUACUGUGCAGCCGUAUUCAUUGAUCUGGCCAAGGCUUUCGACUCUGUCAAUCACCACAUCCUCUUCGGCAGAUUCGACAGCCUUGGUUUCUCAAAUGAUUGCCUCGCCUGGUUCACCAACUACUUCUCUGAUAGAGUUCAGUGUGUCAAAUCGGAGGGUCUGCUGUCCGGACCUCUGGCAGUCUCUAUGGGGGUGCCACAGGGUUCAAUUCUUGGACCGACUCUCUUCUCUGUAUACAUCAAUGAUGUCGCUCUUGCUGCUGGUGAGUCUCUGAUCCACCUCUACGCAGACGUCACCAUUCUGUAUACUUCUGGCCCUUCUUUGGACACUGUGUUAACAACCCUCCAGGCAAGCUUCAAUGCCAUACAACUCUCCUUCCGUGGCCUCCAAUUGCUCUUAAAUACAAGUAAAACUAAAUGCAUGCUCUUCAACCGAUCGCUGCCUGCACCUGCCCACCUGUCCAACAUCACUACUCUGGACGGCUCUGACUUAGAAUACGUGGACAACUACAAAUACCUAGGUGUCUAGUUAGACUGUAAACUCUCCUUCCAGACCCACAUCAAACAUCUCCAAUCCAAAGUUAAAUAUAGAAUUGGCUUCCUAUUUUGCAACAAAGCAUCCUUCACUCAUGCUGCCAAACAUACCCUUGUAAAACUGACCAUCCUAGCAAUCCUCGACUUCGGCGAUGUCAUUUACAAAAUAGCCUCCAAUGGAUGCAGUCUAUCACAGUGCAAUCCGUUUUUGUCACCAAAGCCCCAUAUACUACCCACCAUUGCAACCUGUACGCUCUCGUUGGCUGGCCCUCGCUUCAUACUCGUCGCCAAACCCACUGGCUCCAUGUCAUCUACAAGACCCUGCUAGGUAAAGUCCCCUCUUAUCUCAGCUCGCUGGUCACCAUAGCAUCACCCACCUGUAGCACGCACUCCAGCAGGUAUAUCUCUCUGGUCACCCCCAAAACCAAUUCUUUCUUUGGCCGCCUCUCCUUCCAGUUCUCUGCUGCCAAUGACUGGAACGAACUACAAAAAUCUCUGAAACUGGAAACACUUAUCUCCCUCACUAGCUUUAAGCACCAACUGUCAGAGCAGCUCACAGAUUACUGCACCUGUACACAUGGCCCACCUAUAAUUUAGCCCAAACAACUACCUCUUUCCCUACUGUAUUUCUUUUAUUUAUUUAUUUAUUUUGCUCCUUUGCACCCCAUUAUUUUUAUUUCUACUUUGCACAUUCUUCCACUGCAAAUCUACCAUUCCAGUGUUUUACUUGCUAUAUUGUAUUUACUUUGCCACCAUGGCCUUUUUUUGCCUUUACCUGCCUUAUCUCACCUCAUUUGCUCACAUCGUAUAUAGACUUGUUUAUACUGUAUUAUUGACUGUAUGUUUGUUUUACUCCAUGUGUAACUCUGUGUCGUUGUAUGUGUCGAAUUGCUUUGCUUUAUCUUGGCCAGGUCGCAAUUGUAAAUGAGAACUUGUUCUCAACUUACCUACCUGGUUAAAUAAAGGUGAAAUAAAUAAAUAAAUAAAUAAAUAGGCAGAGCCAUUGAGGGCUUCCACCAUUUUAAUGUAAUCAACUGGGUGGGAAUUUCAACUUCAUUGGCUGAACCCUCCUGUUGACAUGGAGUCAUGUCAAAAUUGGUCAUCAGGAGGGAUCGGCCAAUCGUGAAGGAGAAAAUGGACAACUUCAAAAUGGAGAUUGCCUCCAUGGCGCUGCCCAUGCUGUCAAAACACUAUAAUAUCACAAAUACAAAGAUGAGUCCUCUAUCUAUCUCUAUGGUGGGGAAACCCUUCUGAAAUCCGAUUCGUGAUCAGCCCAGUGGGCGAGGCUGAUAUAUGGUUGAUGUGACGUGUACUAAUGUAAACUGUCUUGCUAGCAGCCGCCUGUUGAAAAUUGUAUUGAUUAGCAAGGUUUCCCACUCGUUUCAGAGGCUUCAUUCAAUGACGAUGGAGUGGGUACGGUGGUGCCCCUAGCCCCGGCUGGUCUGUGGGAUGAGCGUGGUGUAGCGGCGGAGAACGGAACAGCAGAGUGACGAGAAUGGGUAGGAGGGGCUGCAGGCUAGCUGUCUCCACUGCAGUCCUCUACGGCUCCCUGGCCCUGUUUGUCUCCAUCCUGCACAACGUCUUCCUGCUGUACUACGUGGAGACCUUUGUCUCUGUUUACAAGAUCGACAAGCUCUCCUUCUGGGUGGGAGAGGCAGUGUUUCUGAUAUGGAACAGCUUGAACGACCCUCUCUUCGGCUGGUUGAGUGACCGCUCCUUCCUCAGCUCCUCACAGUCUGGCACCCAGAUCUCCAGCCCAGAGGUGGUACUAAAGCGGUUGGCGGCCCUCUCCCGGAAUGGCCCCCUGUUCGCCAUCUCGUUCCUGGCCUUUUGGGUGUCAUGGGCACGGCCGGGCAUCCAGUUCCUUGUGUGCCUGUGCCUGUACGACGGAUUCCUCACCGUGGUGGACCUCAACCACAACGCCCUGCUGGCCGACCUGGCCGUGUCGGCCAAUGACCGCACGCGCCUCAACUUCCACUGCUCGCUGUUCAGUGCCCUGGGCUCGCUCUCUGUCUUCCUGUCCUACAGCGUCUGGGACAAGGGCGACUUCCACUCGUUCCGGCUCUUCUGCGUGACGCUGGCGGCCGUCUCAGCACUGGGCUUCGCCGCCGUGUCGAGCCUGUUGACGAGACGAUUUGAGAAGGAGGCGCGUCUGAGGCAGGACGAGGCGCAGGCACUCAAAGAGUUGAGCAUUGUCCAGAACCCUCUGACUCAGCAGGAGACGCCAGUCACUCUAGGAGAGUAUCUAAGGCAGCUCUCCAAGCACAGAAACUUUAUGUGGUUCGCCUCUAUGAACCUGGUACAGGUGUUUCACUGCCACUUCAACAGCAACUUCUUCCCUCUGUUCCUGGAGCACCUCCUCUCUGACAGCAUCUCUGCCUCCACUGGCUCCAUUCUGCUGGGGAUCUCCUACAUAGCGCCCCACCUGAACAACCUGUAUUUCCUGACCCUGUGUCAGCGUUACGGGGUGUAUACAGUCAUCCGCUGGCUGUUCCUGGUCAAGCUAGCCCUCAGUGUGGCCAUGCUGCUGGCCGGGGCCGACCAGGUCUACCUGCUGUGCAUCUUCAUUGCCAGUAACCGAGUGUUUACAGAGGGCACCUGCAAGCUGUUGAACCUGGUCAUCACGGACCUGGUAGACGAGGACUUUGUGGUGAACCGGCGCCAGCAGGCGGCUUCGGCGCUGCUCUUCGGCAUGGUGGCCCUGGUGACCAAGCCUGGCCAGACCUUCGCCCCUCUCAUCGGCACCUGGCUGCUGUGUGUCUACACAGGCUACGAUAUCUUUGAGAGAAACUCCGUACAGGACUCAGCGGCAGCGCCCCCUGUCUCGGGCCAAGCGAGCUCCACUGUUCCAUUGCGCCAGGGCUGUUUCUACUUGCUGGUGUUUGUGCCCAUCUCCUGCGCCCUGCUGCAGCUAAUGGCCUGGUCCCGCUUCACCCUCCACGGCCGCAGACUGCAGGGCGUCAAGGCCCAGAGGCAGGGUGCCCAGCACAGCCAUCUCAUGGACGUCAAGGCUAUCUGAUAGGAGGCCAGCUCGUCCGCACCUUUGCUCAACUGCGUAAUGCCAUACCACCCACUGCCAUUGGGGUCAGCAGAGAGCAAUGUAGACUGGAGAACUGAUGAAAUCUCGCUGUCUAGCCAGGGGCAAAAAUAUUUUUGGGGUGUGAAACAACAUGCCUUAUUUUGAUAUGAAGAGGACAAAGACUAUAUUUAUGUAUGAACUGAUGACCAAAUGAUACCGCAGAGCCAAUCAAGGAAUGAGAAGCUCAUACCCCUCUCUGGGAUAGGGCAAAGGUGUGACGCCUCCUGUUUAUCCAGCGAGUAGACAUCAUCCAAGGUUGAGGCGUAGCCUGGUAUACAUGUCUAUCCCCAAAGGAAUACACAUUGUCACUAACCUUGCUAUUACAGUGUGGUUAACCAAAGCCAGAGUCUGCAUAGCUAGGUAAAUACCUAUCUUUCUGAUGUGUGUGUGUGUGUGUGUAGGGAAGUACUGAAAACAGGUGUGUGUGUGUGUGUGUGUGCGUGCACAUGAGCAUAACAUCUAAAUCCUGAUUUGCAUAGACGUUGCUCUUGAAAUUGCAAUAAGGUUUGCGACCAUCACCAUGCUAUUGUCUUCAUGAAGUACUACUAGUACUAAUCUGUAUUUUCAAAAGUCUAACAAAUGUUUUUCUAUUUGUUUUACUGUGACCGGUACUAAAAUAACUGCCAUCUCCAAUAUUCAACUCUGUUGUCUCCUAUGUUUUCUCACACAUUAUGUCUUAACCUGAUGUGUGGAAGCAUUUAGGUGACUAUUACAAAACAAGGCCCUAAACAACCUCUGUUUACAUUUGUACCCCAGAUCAGGAAAGAAAUGCAUUUUUAUAGACCAUGAAGAGAAUUGAGAAACCGUUUUGACUGAACAUGAAACUAUUGUGUCAUGAUGACCUGAUAUAUGAUAAUCAUGGAGAAUACAUUCUGUACUUUUUUUUUCAAAGUUUAUUUUUAUUACUGCUGCUACAUGAGUUGUCUGAGUGUUAAGGAGUCUUAAAUUCCAUUAUCAAUUUAUAUCUCUAAACAAAAGUAUUCUCGUAAUUUGUCAAAUACUGGAGACCCCUUCAUGGAAGUGUUUGAGUGACUCAGGAAUUAGUUUCAGCACAAUGUGAUUUAAGUAACCAGAAGGAAAGCAGAGGCUGUCUUACAAGACAGCCUUACAGCAGAGAUGCCUGUAUUUGCCAGCUUUGUUACAAAAUACUGUACAAUGUUUGUCUGGUUGUACCACUGCUCAAUGUAGCAUCUGCCAUUUUCCGACUAUCUUUGUGACUUAUUAAAGUGAUCUCACUACUUAA